ACGCGUCACGCGCGCACAGACGUUGCUGAGGAGCGCGCGCGCGGCGCGGCACAUCGGUGUCCCGCUGUUUGCCCGAACCUUUGGCCGCCUCGGAUACAGCCAGCGGAGGCGGGAGCGGAAUGGCGACGUUGGGGCCGGAGUCGGCUCGUCCUCCUCUUUCCCAGCUCGGUUCUCCUCCGUCGGUCCAAAACGUGCCUCCCAACCGCGGCUUGGAGCGCGCGCUGGAGGAGGCGGCGGCCAGCGGCGUCCUGCAGCUCAGCUCCCGAAAACUGAAGGAAUUCCCCCGAACGGCUGUCAACCACGACCUGGGCGACACGGUGGAGGCAGACUUUUCAAAGAACCGACUUGUAGACGUGCCUGCAGAGGUCUGCCAGCUGGUUGCCUUGGAGAUGCUAAACUUGUAUCACAACUGCAUCAGGACCAUCCCAGACAACAUCAUCAGCCUACAGUCCCUCACCUCCUUAAACCUCAGUCGUAACCAGCUGUGCGCUCUGCCAGCUUGUCUGUGCGCUUUACCACUGAGAGUCCUCAACGCUAGCAACAACAAGCUGCUCAGCCUGCCGGAGACCAUCGGACAGCUUCAGGGCCUCAUGGAGUUGGACAUCAGCUGUAACGAGAUCUCAGCUCUUCCUCGCCAUAUUGGCAGACUCAAAGCUCUGCGAGAACUAAACGUGAGGCGAAACCUCCUCUGCGUCCUACCAGAUGACCUGGCAGAUCUUCCACUGGUAAAGUUUGACUUCUCCUGUAACAAGGUGUCGACGAUACCCGUACGUUACAGGAAGAUGAAGCAGCUCCAGUGUCUCCAACUGGAGAACAACCCGCUGCAGAGCCCCCCCGCACAGAUUUGCAUAAAGGGCAGAGUUCACAUUUUCAAGUACCUGAGCAUCGAGGCGUGUCGGAGCGAGAAGAUGGCCGACUCGCUCUACCUGCCUGUCAUGGAGCGACUCAGCCUAUCGCGACCCACCACUGGCAGCGUGGAGGACAUGGAGCAGCAGAAAAAGCAGGACAGCGACUCCGGAGUCGGCAGCGACAUCGGAGACAAGAGACUGUCUGCGACAGAGCCGUCGGAUGAAGACAGUCUGAGUCUCAAUGUGCCGAUGAGCCACAUCACAGAGGAGGAGGGGCUCAGCAAAGACGACUCCAGUGAACACAUCAGCUCUCUGACAGCGGAUCCAAACUCUGACUCGGUCCAGUUGAUUGAGGAGAGCCCUACAGAAGCCCUGAAGGACCAGUUUGGUUACAGAGACUCCACCCUAAGUGCACGAUUUGUCAACUACAUCAAGGGACGGAUGGCGGCAGACUUGGACGAACCCCUCAGAAUAGAAGAGGACUCGCACUGGCCCACAGAAUCGACGUCAAAGGUCACAGGUGGCACUGAGCUGCACAUAGACAUGAUCAAUCAGCUGAAAGAAGCCGUGGAGCUGCUGCAGGACCCCAGCAGAGUGAACACGGAGCAGGACGACCUGUCUGGAGUCCAGCUUUACCCGGUGGAAAUGGUCACAGUGGACCAGUCGCUCAAUGGGCAAGACAGUGACGAUGGUUCAACUACACCAAAGAGAAAUGACAGCCCUCCGAUCAGUGGACCCCAGUCCUUCACCAGCCCACCGUUUGGACUGAAGCCGCGCUCAGCUCCACCCUCGCUUCCCUGCUCGCCCCCUCCUUCCUGUCUUGACCCCUCCCUCCUCUCACAGGCCUUGCCCCUCCAUAGAGACACACCUCGUAGCCAUGACGAUGGAGACAUGCACAACCGUGUGUUCCUGCGGAGCCACAGGAGCCUGGAGGCGGUGGAUCCUCAGUUCACCAUGAGAAGAAAGAUGGAGCAGCUCCGAGAAGAACUCGAGCUCAUGGAGCAACUUCGAGAUAGCAUCGAGAGCAGACUGAAGGUCAUCCUCCCCGAAGACCUCGGCUCCUCGCUGAUGGAUGGCGUGGUGCUCUGUCAUCUCGCCAAUCACAUCCGGCCACGCUCCGUCGCCAGCAUCCACGUGCCCUCUCCCGCCGUGCCCAAACUCAGCAUGGCCAAAUGUCGGAGAAACGUGGAGAACUUCUUGGAUGCAUGCAGAAAAAUUGGUGUUCCAGAGGACAAACUGUGUCUUCCUCACCACAUCCUGGAGGAGAAAGGUCUUCUGAAGGUCGGUAUCACUGUCCAGGCUCUGGUGGACGAGGCCGCCGCCAAACACGCCUUCCUCACAUGAGCUGCGGAGGGGCGGAGCUUCCAGAAACCAGCACGUGGUGCCAUCCUUCCCAGUAAGACUUUUCUCACUCUGACAGGUCCGACACGGGGUUUCAGGUCCUGUGGAUCUGUUGACCAAUCAAUCUCAGAAUUUGACCUUUACAUAAAACAGUGGAAAAUCCAGAAAGCGAGAGAAGAGAGCACAUUGUGAGCAGAAGAAGAAAAAGCAUAAACUAAAGAACAAUUAUUUAUUUACUUAUUUGAUUCAGUUGAACCGAUUUCUUACUGAAAGUAGAUGCAGAUUUUUUUUUAAUGUGGUUUAAAUUUUUUUUAACAUGAAAUCAGAACAAAGUGUUUCAUGAAAAAAAUACAAAUAAUAUAAUCAGAAAUCAGCGGAGGUGAUUUUAUCAGGAGGUAUUUUACUGUGCAAGUGUUUGGUGUCGCGUUAUUCCUCUUCCUGAAAAGCGCAAAGUUUGUAAAUGAGUGAGAUGACAUUUUUUGAGACUUUGUAUUUAAGCUUAAAGAUAUUUAUGAUCAAAACUGAAUUCGGUGUUUGGGUUGUUGUACACAUUUAAAAAGGUUUUUUUUUUUUGGUUGUUUGUUUGUUUGUCCUCUUAGUAUAUUUUGGCUACAAUUGUGUAUAUUUUCUAACUGAUUUUUGGCUUGUUGUCCCUGUUAACGGUGGGACACUAAUCAGUAUUUGUUUGUUUGUUGUUUAAAAAGUGCCUGACAAAGUUUUUAGGACUUGAGCGGUGUUAAAACAAUCUGUGAAGCUUCUUCACCACCUGAUGAGUCGGAAAUCUCUUAAAUGACAGAUGUUUUUCAGAAGCAGAGAUGUUAAAAACUCAGAUGUUAUUCAGUUUUCAAGCCAUCAGAAUCCUUUGAAAUGUGGCUUAAAAGGGUCUUUUUAAAACAACUUUCCAACAGGGUCAUAUAUAAGUUAAUUUUUUUAACAUUAACAAAAUGAAACAAAUAACUCCUCCUGAUCAUGAUCCUCCUGUUGUAACUUUAUCAUGAUGUCAAUUAUUAUCUGCAACAAGUAACACGUCUAUGUGCAGUUUUUUUUAUAUACUCCAGAUAAAUGCAGGCAUUUUGUCAUAUGUGUGAGAAAGCUGUAAGAUGAGAACGAGGGUUUAGAGAGAAUUGUUUCCUUGCUGAUAUUCUGCUUUCAGAAACAGGUCUGGAUUUAGAGAAAGUUUAAUUAAGUUUAAAUGGGUACUUGAGGGUGUGUCUUUGAAGGCGUGUCUGCAUCCAUUCUUGACUAAAGAUGGGAGCAGACAUCAGGCUUGUGCACAUAGUGUGUUUUCCAGUGUGUAAGUUUCACCUAUUAAAAAAAAUUCUUCUUGAAGAGAAAAAAAUACACUGGAGUUGUUUUCUGAAUUAUCACCUCGUUAAUUUGGGGUUGAAAUAUUGUUAUACAGUGUACUUUUUAUUAUUGGCAUUUAUUGUUUUAUUAUUGCAGUUUGUUGUUUUGUGCUUUGAUUCCCAGUGUCACAGACCAGUCAAUCCCCCCCCUAAAAUCGGUCCCCCUUGCCCUCACCAUGCAUGCGUCAUUUCAGUGUCAGCUGCGAUUCAGCGAUUAUCACCUUGUUUCUGCUUAAAACUGACUUUAAGAAUGAUUUAAGAGGUUUUACUUUGUCAUCUGAUGGUUAAUAAUCACAUUAUUCCCUUUGACUGCUUUGGGUGUAAAGAGUCAGACUCGGAGAGUCAGACUCACCAGACAUGCUGCUGUGACUCUGAUUGCUUCCUCCAUCUUCUGUUAUGAAAUAAUGCUGAAUUUAUGUGGAAAUGAUUGUUGUACAAAAGCUUUAGAUAUCUGGCACUGAGGUAGAUAACUGGAGUGCAGUUUGAAGCAGAAACGAGAUGAUGAUCUGUGAACUACGACUGACACACAGAAAUGACAAUGAUUGAGAUUUCACGUAGAGGACCACGUGUGCACACAUCUUUAUAGCUUCUGGUGAAGAGAAUGCAGAUGUGUAAUUUUUUUUGUGUGUGUACGUAAAAUUUUUGUUGUGAAUCGCAAGUUUUGAGCUGCUGCUGGCCACGCCCCAUGGUCUGACUGGGCGUGUCAUAUAAAGAGCAGCCCAGCACAGUGGACGUCUCACUCCAGAAAAAGGUGUUUGAUGUCAUGGAAAUGAGCCGUUUCAGGCUAAAUAUUGUUUAUAUAUAAUUUUUUUUCCCCCAUUUAUUUCAUUUUAUAUAGCGUCAAAUCACAGCAAAGUUGCCUCAAGGCGCUUCACACAGGUAAGGUCUAACCUUACCAACCUCUAGAGCAAGAACACAGGCGACAGUGGUAAGAAAAAACUCCCUCUGAUGAUUUGAGGAAGAAACCUCAAGCAGACCAGACUCAGAGGGGUGACCCUCUGCUUAAUAAAAUGUUUAUAGCAGCAUUUUAUCCUGAACGGGUUCUGAGGAAGAUUAGUUUAACAAAAUAAAAUAAACAACCUCUUUAAGCCACAUUACUAUUAGUUUAAAGCCAUUUAAAUCAAUAUAAUAA